GCUGAGAACAUGUGUUCACCGGGCACUCGGCUACUUCCGCCCCGCAGCGCCUGCGCAGACGCGGACGCUUCUCCUUCCGCCCCGCAGCGCCUGCGCAGAAGCGGAUGGUCCUCCUUCCGCCCCUCGGUGUUCGUGUGCGCUCGGGCGGACGCGGGCCUCCGCAUAGCCGUCACCGCGCUGCAUGCAGGGCUAACGGCGGACCGCCUCCUUCCCACAGCCGGAGGACCGACGUCAGUGUUUGUGCCAGUCCGUGGAAGAUGGCGGAGGCUGCGGCGGUUCCACAGCAUCGGUUCUUCUGCCACUGCUGUAAAGGCGAAGUGAACCCUAAAUUGCCGGAGUAUAUAUGUCCCAGAUGUGAGUCAGGCUUCAUAGAGGAAGUGACAGAAGACUCCAGCCUCUUGGAGGGUGGCGCAAACGGCAUCACAGACGACACAGCUACACAGUUUGCAGAGUUAUGGCACCUGUUGUUUGUGGAGCGGCCGUUCACGGUGGACUCCGACAGCUCGGACUCUGAGCCCCGUCCCCCUGGCAUGGUGGGAGGUCCCCUCGGUGGUUCUCUAGGGUCAGGGCUGGGAGGUCCUCUGGGUUCCCCGCUUGGGGGCGGUGAGCACUGGGGACCUGGGCGCCCCCCUCGUCUUCACAGCCAGAGGAGGUACCGGUCUCGGGCGAGCAGCCGGCCCGACCGCUCGCCUGCAGUUGAGGGGAUAGUACAGCAGUUUUUGGCAGGACUCUUUGCCAACUCUGGAGUUCCUGGCAGUACUCCGCUGUCAUGGACAGGCAUGCUGCACUCAAACCCGGGGGACUACGCCUGGGGUCAAGGUGGACUGGACGCAGUCAUCACACAGUUGUUGGGGCAAUUUGAGAACACGGGUCCCCCACCUGCAGAGAAGGAGAAGAUAUCUUCUCUCCCCACGGUCAUCAUUUCUCAGGAACAAGCUGAUGCCAACAUGGAAUGCCCAGUGUGCAAGGAAGACUACUCCAUGGGGGAGCCAGUCAGACAGCUUCCCUGCAAACAUUUUUUUCACAGCGACUGCAUAGUGCCCUGGCUGGAGCUGCACGACACGUGUCCAGUGUGCAGGAAGAGUCUGAACGGGGAAGACAACAGCACCCAGCCCCCAUCGGAGUCCCCUACCCUUAACACUGACCCCCGCACACAGGAGAGAUGGUCUUUCUGAGACACACCCAAAUCUUACUCUGCCCCCCUUCCCGUUGUGCACAGGGAGAUUGUCCCUUUGAAUGGCAUAUCUCCAGCCUAUCACUGGCGCUCACUUCUUCAAGCGUGUCUCAAUCUACGAUGUCUUAGAGAUUUACCCUGACCUUUCUUUUCUGCCUGCUCCCUUCCCCAGGCUGCUUAAACAGAGAGGAAUUCAUUGCCUCACCCCCAUUUCCCUUGCUUCUCUCACUCUUCCCUCAUUCCUUGUGUCUGCUUUCUGAUCCUGUUCCUCGUGUCACCUCUGAAAGUAAUCCUCCCCUUUGCGUCAACUCUGGCCCACUGACAAAAAAGUGAUUGUCCUCUCAAAGCCUCCUUCCAGCCUAGCAUUCACUUUCAGAUAAAGUGCACCCGCUCCAAUAAGAAGUUGUUGUAACAGCCAAUGAGAUCACCAAUAGCAAUAAAAACCAAGCUCUCCUCGCUGACCCUGGUUAUAUAGCCAGCAUCAUCCAUCCUCCCGUCGAGCGAUUAAACACACGAGUGUCGUCGUCCUUCAUGUUCUCUGUCGUUCAUUUGCUGUAACUCCCUCACAUCCUCCUCAUGUCUUACCUCUCCUACAUUUCUAACCUUCGUUUCUCAGUUCGGAUGUGCCCAUCCCUUUCCUUGUUUGUAAUCUGCAUGUCCAGCGGUAUUUGAGAAGUUUCCUCACAAUCCCUUCCAACUGUAUCUUCUUCUUCCCUCUAGUCAUUUUUUAUGUUUGUCAAUGUCUCCCUCUGUCCAUCUCUCACCAAUGUGUACAUAUUACAGAUCUUCAGUCAUUUAUUCCUUCAGUUGACAAAUUCUUUUGUUUUCAUUUAUCACUAUUUUUUUAAUGUAAAUAAUUUUAGUCCAACAACUUCUGGUGAAAAUCUAAAAGCAUAUUGAUUAUAAAACAUGGUGGAUCUCAAAAUAUUGCAUGUGUGUGAAUAUAUAUAUAUACAUAUAUAUAUACACUCACACAGUGCAAGUGUGUGAAUAUAUAUCUAAGACAAAAUGUGUAUGGCAAUGUAUUAAUAAUAAAAAUAAAAAAAAUUAACAUCCCAUGUCAAAA